UCUCUUUACUUUUCAGAAACUGAUUAUACUUGUGGAAUACUCUUUCUCACUUGGCGCAGCAGCAAGAGUAAAGAUUGACUUUGUGCAGCAGAUGAAAGAUAAAGAGAGUAAAAGGAAUCAUCGCAAAAGCUUGGCCUGGGACACUGCUUUUUUCACCAACCCUGGAGUGUUAGAUCCUGAAGAAUUAUUUGGGAGCUUAAAGAUUGACGAGAAUGAGACUGAUGUUGAAGUAAAUCAUAAGCACACAAUCAAGACACUUCCUUCGGAAACCGAUGCUCGUCCAAGUUUUGCUUGGGACAAUGCUUUUUUUACCGAUCCAGGUGUUCUUGAUGCUGAGGAGUUGUCUCUUAUGAACAAUGGCUUCACCAGUAACACAAAGCUUCGUAAGUCUGCAGAUUCGAUGACGACGACAACUCAAGGAAGCAGAUUUUCUGUAGCGAGCAUUGAAUUUGAUCUGUUUCACGAGUUGAGAGCCUCUUUACGUAAUUCACCGAAUGUGAAGCAGACAGUGACUCGAGAGAGCCAGCGUAAGUUACCAGAUGGUAAAAAGAGGACUAAAGGGUCCAAACAGAAAGAUCAACCUUUGAGUCUCAUUCCUCAACCAAAAGUGUCUUCUUCUUCUUCUUCUUCUUCAUUCACCAUCUCCAAACCUUUGACUCCUUGUCAAGCUACCCGCGAGAAGAAAUGUGUUGCGAGUGAACUCGGAAAAACUAGGGGAAAACACAAGAAUCAUGGGUUUGAAGAACAAUCUGGAUCAAAGUCUAACAUAAGGUCAUCUUAUUCAAGUUACGCAUUCAAGGAUUUGACAUCAUCCUCCUCUGGUCUGAGGUUACCACUUCCAAAGAUGAGUUUUUUCGACUCGCACGAGAACGGAGAGAAAGAAAACAGAGAACCAAAUGCUGUUGAAGCAAACAGAAGAAGAAGACACAAUUCCAAACUUGAGACUUCUUCUUCUACACCAGAAAACCGCAGCAUUCUGGGGCAACGCAAGAUGCGAAAGUGAAAAACGAUCAAUGAUUUAUUUUAGUAUUGGAUGCGAUACAAGGACUCGUUUGCAUGUUUAGCCGGUGUUCCUUGUUGGAUAAGUCAACUGUCUCUCUUUUUUAUAUCUUUGGUUGUAGUAGUCAACUGUCCCAAAAAAGGCAUGUUCUAAAAGUCGGAGCUGAAAAUGAAAACGAACCGAACAUGAUUUUUUUGUGGUGUCAAUUAGUCUCAGUCAAUAAAUUCUGAAUUAAUGAGACCACCUCCAAUGGUGGGUUUAAUUAGUUCUAAGCCCAAUUUGUUACCUUUAGAUAUUCACAAUCAGGUUUUUCAACUUGUGGAGAAGGGAAACCAAUCAUUCAAAGAGUCUCGUUUUGAAGAGGUGAAAGCUCUUUUUGAGAUCUUUCUUGGCCUCUUGUUACUUUGUAUAUUGGAUUGUCUGAGAUGAAAGUGUCAAUAUGUAGCAAAACAUGAUGAUACAAAUGAAACAAUAAAUGGGAUUUGGUUAAUGUCUCUGGUUGGUCGGUUAUUUACUUGUAUUCAUUUUGCUUCUGUUCAUUUUGCAUGAGAUGACAAGUACAAGAAGAUGACACCACAAAUAAUUAUUUUGAAUGAUUGUACACCACAAAUAUUGAUUGUCAUACUUCCUACACUAUAUAUCUCACAAACUAUCACACAAACAUUAUGCUAUAUAUCAUGCAACACAAAACCAAGACUUCUCUUCGUAUCUUCUUUUUCUCCAUCUCCCCAAAUACUUGUUCCUUGUAUUUUUUUUUCUUUAUUUUGUUAGAAAAAUAUAAAACACAAAAAAAUAGCAUCUUCUUCCCGUAAUACUUUCUACGAAACAAUGAAUGAAAAAUUUGAUCAAUUUUUCGACGAAACAAUGGAUGAAAAAUUUGAUCUAGUUUUGGAUCAAGCAUUCGAGAAUCAUUUCGUUGAUUAUGGUGAUCGUCAGGAGGCAACCAAGUCGAAGAAGAAACGAGUUCAUACUGAGAGAGAUUGUGAACAAGGACACAACCGCUUAUGGAACGAUUAUUACAGUGAAGAUGCAACAUAUAUACCCUUUUUAUAUAUUUCGAGAUUACAACUAAUUG